AUGACCGAACCAACUCCAACUCACACAACAUACGGCUUCAUCGGCCUCGGCCAGAUGGGCCACGGGAUGGCCAAGAACCUGCGCGCGAAGAUCCCCAACUCCGACACGCUGUACAUCUACGACGUCAACAGUGAGGGUGGCUCCAUGGGCUCUGAAAAAGGCACCCUCUCCUUCAUGGUAGGCUGUCGAACCUCCCUUUACGCACGAACCCUCUCAAUCCUACGCAACAUGGGCAAAGAAUCCUCAAUCUUCCACUCCGGCGCAGCCGGAACGGGCCUCAAAACCAAACUCCUCAACAACUACCUCUCCAGCAUAACAACCAUCGCCACCGCCGAAACUAUCAACAUGGGCAUCCGCGCCGGACUCGACCCGUACAAAUUCAACGAAGUCCUAAACGCGAGUUCGGAUGAGCUUCAACACGAAAGUCAAUAA